UAUAAACACAUGUAAUAACAUGAACAAUUAAUGAGAAAUUUUUCUAGUAUUACAGGAUGCUUGGAUCAGGAGAAAUGCUUAAAUUAUUUACAAAUGGCUAAUUUUGAGUUAGAAGUAAAAACGUGGUUUUAUUUAUUUAUAAGAGUGCAAUUUAAUUAUUUUUUGAGAUAGAAAUACAAUCAUAAUAAUUUGUAGCUCCCAUUCAAAAGGUGAACUAAUAGGAGCCACAACCUUCACAGAGUUAAAGAAGAUAAAUCUAAGGGAACUUUGAGCUAGAAUAGUCUUAAACAACUUAAGAAUUAGUUUAAAAAUAUAAGAAUUAUAAAGAGAGUAAACUUGACGAAGAUCCUGGAUUAGUCUCUGGAGUUUGGAAAAUAGCUAAGGCUCUAUGUAUUAAUCGUUUCUUAUUUUGAUAGUUACUAAAAAUUAAAAUUAUGGCGAAGAUUUUUAGAAACACAUACAAUCAAAAAAGGUAAAAAUAGAAAUCAAAUUCGAAAUGGGUUCAUUUUAAGAUAACAUUAAAAUAGCCUCAGACAAAAUGCAUCCACUUUUUGUAUAUGUCCAUGAUGUUUCAUGCUUGAAAAUCUUGCAAACUAUGUUUUAAUGCAAAUCUUUUGUAUCAAUAGUGAAUAGAUACUUCCUCAGCUACGCUUUUAUCGCUAAUAAGGAUACCUUAGCGUAGUUACCUACUUAAAAUAUUGAAAUUCCAUCUAUUCUAAUAUAUAGAAUAAAUUUUAUUGAUGAAGUUAGUUUAGUCAAAUAAAUCAAGUUAUUUCCUUAAUCCAAUUUCGAGGAACUGGCUGUAGAUAUAAAAUCAAUAAGAUCUGCUAUUAGUAAGAUUAGUGCAUAGGAGAAAUUAGCGAAAAGAUUGGUUGAUAGUCCUGAAUAGAUUCAUUAAAGUUAAAUUGAUAGAUUUAGACAGAAACAAUUGGAUAUGGAAAUAAGAAGAUAAUAAGAAAUCGAAUAAAGGGAAAGGGAGGAAUUAUUAUAAAAGUAGGAUUUUGAAUAUAUGAUGGCCUUACAAUAAGCAGAUGAAAAAAAGAAGAAAAUUAAUGAUGAAAAAUUAAAAUAGGAAUAACUAAUAUAAGAACAAUAAGAAGAAGAAGUAUUACAAAAAUAGUAUAUUUAGGAACAACGCUAAUUUUUAAAGGCUACAUUACUCUCAGGUUUACCUUAAGAACCAAAAGAAAAUUGUAUAACCAUUUAAUUUAGAUUUUUUGAUAAGGUCAUUACUAGGAACUUUAAUUUCACUGAUAAGAUAUAGGUAAUUAAAAUAUUAAUUUAGUUUAUUUUUGAUUUUGUAAUGUGUCAAGAUGAUUAGCUCUUUCUUAACCCAAAGGCAGAUGUUGAUUUAAUCUAAAAUUUUCCUAAGCUCUCUUUAUUCGAUAAAAAAGACAUGUUAAUUUAGGAGAUCUUCAAUGAUUCAACUGGAGAGUAGUUAAUUAUUUUAGAAAAGGAAUGA